CAACCUAAAAAGUAAGAAGGACUUACUUUUGAUUUAGAUGUCAAGUGGUGUGAAAAACAAGACAAAAGCGGCGCCCGCUGGCGCUGCGCCAGGAAUGGACCAAGAAAAACACAACGCUGGAGAUACAAGAGAUCCAAAGGAGCGUGGGGGACAGUUCUCUAUAUACCGUGGUGGGGGAGAAGAAGGUGAAACGCCGGGUUCGAUGAAAAAGGUAAAGACAGCAUACACAUGCAAAGGAGCUCAUUCCAUGAUGGGUCCCGUACCUGCUGCUAUCCAGGAACGACUGCAGAAUUUGACAGAUUAUGUAAAGCCCAUUCUUGCCGGCUACCUGGACCUGGAGUACGCGUGGUGGCAGGUCUGGCUGCUGUGGCCCGUCAUCGCGCUGCUCGUCAUCCCCGCCUCGCUGCUGGCCUCCCUCUUCCUGUCGGCCUUCUUCGUGGAGUGCUACCGACACUGGCACGGUCUGCGGGCCGCGUAUGAACAGAGUAUAUGGGACGGCGCGCGCUACACAGUCUGCGUCUGCUGGAAGGUGCACGGCAGGAUAUGGCACGGGUACGAGGUGAGCGGCCUGGAGAACCUGCCGUCGGGCCCGGCCAUCAUCGUGUUCUACCACGGCGCCAUCCCGAUCGACCACUACUACCUGCUCUCGGAGGUGCUCACCAGCAGCGGCCGGCUCAUCAAGACGGUCGGCGACCGCUUCCUCUACAGGAUACCAGGCUGGAAGCAGCUGAUGAGCGUGUUCUGCGUGAUCCCUGGCGGCCAGGCCAACUGUCUGGCGGCGCUGCAGCGCGGCGAUCUGCUGGCCAUCUCGCCGGGCGGCGUGCGCGAGGCCUUCUUCGGCCAGGGCUACCGACUCGUCUGGAAGGACCGCGUCGGCUUCGCCAAGGUGGCCGUCGAGGCCAGAGUGCCGAUCGUGCCCAUGUUCACGAUGAACGUGCGCGAGUCGUACCGCUCGUUCGUGGUGGGCCGCCGCUUCUGGACCUGGCUGUACGAGCGCACGCGACUGCCGCUCGUACCCAUCUACGGCGGAUUCCCGGUGAAGAUGCGGACCUACCUGGGCCGGCCCAUCCACCACGAGGAGGGCACCACGCCCGAGCAGCUGGCGCUCAAGGUCCAGGUGGAGAUUAACCGUCUGAUCGAGGAGCACCAGAAGCUGCCCGGCAACAUCCUGCGCGGAGUCCUGGAGAGGAUCAUCGAGUGGCCAAAGUCCAAGGCCUCGUAGCGCGGCGGGGCGGACCGGGACGCGCGGCCCGCCCCAGCUGCAGCAGGACCGCCGUCCGGCGGACCAGUGCGGUAGGGUCUGAGCGUCUCCGGACGUACCGGGCCCGGGAGUAUGUACCACGCGGUGCCUUAGUGACGGGGCGCCCCGUGCAAUACUGUAAUCGUGCGCCCCGUGUCCGCGCGGAGGUGGCCUGUAAGUUACGAGCUUCUGCGGAGAUUAGCGCGGAGCAGCCGGCCAAAGAGCGCAGCUGUUGGAGCGUCGGGAGGCGCCGCCCGGCGGAGAUGCGAUGUGAACUGUGUUACAUAUCAGUAGUGGGACCGCGCAGACGGGACGCGUCGGUCGGCCGCGCUUAUGCAAUAGGGGCGGGUCCCUGCCGUCCCCCGUACCGUGUCUACUGUAGAACCCGCAGUAUAACCCUCGCCGUACGCGGACACCGGACCCGGCCAACCGAUCUCAGCCGACCCAGCCCCGCCCAGCGGCCAUUUACACACCUCGAGGGGCGCGGCCUGUCCAGGGGUCCGCCAUGUUCUGUACACACCUAGGAGCGGGGCCUGCCCGUGGUCCGCCAUGUUCUGUACACCCCUAGGAGCAGGGCCUGUCCCGGGGCCUGCCAUGUUCUGUACACCCCGUUGCGGCGUAUUCGCCGAGUCGGGCGGUGUUUUUUUAGUAUUGUCCGUGUAAUGGGUGACGGCGUGUAUAACGCGGCUGCAGUUGACGCCUAUAUCCCGUGUGUGACCGCCUGUACCGUUUUGUGAAUUAUGUGUAUGUGAGAGUGUUCCUCAGUCAUUCCCCAGUGUUCCGGAGCAGCGGGGCUGCCACAGGGUCGGUGCUAUGAGGGCCAGAGUGGCCCAUAGGAGGUGUGUCACGCUGGCACACGUGACGGUGUAUGCAGUGUUGGUGUCUUGGAGGCGAGCCCCUGGCUGUCUGAAAUACAUAUACGACAUGA